CUCCUGCAAUGUACAUAGCUCUUAACUUUUGACUGCCGAGAACUUCUGUCCUCUUUAUAUUGCUGGGCACGGUUUAAAAAUCAGAGUUGAUCCCUACACCACAACGGUAGAAACUGCUCAUGUAUUGGGCCAUCCAGUGAAAUAUUUUGGGUCCAUUGCAGAAUGCACAGCCUGUGGUGCUGCUGACCAAACCAAUACAUCCUGCAGCCUGCCUCCCUCUUGUCUUAAUUGCAACAAGGCUCACUCGGCUUAUUCUUACCAUUGCCAAGUUUACUUGACAGAACAAGAAAUCAGCUGUCUCAGAGAGGUUUUGGUUACACCAUGGCACUUUUGUCUGUCUCCAAGGGAGACUCCCACUAUUUUAUUCAAAGUCACUAAGAGGCCUCCAACCUCGAUGGUACCCAAUUCCCCAAUGUUCUGUGACCACGACUUCGUCACCUCUGCAUCUAACUUUGGCAGCCCUGAACUCAUUGCCUCGUACUCUCCUUGUCCUUGUCUUCGUCUUCUCGCUCUAGUAUUUCUACAUCUACAAGACCUCCCACAGCUACACCUUCCUUUUGCCACUACUCCAGUCUAAAACAUCCCCAAAGUUCAAAUCUCCUUGGACCCCUCCUUCACUUAUCCUUCCCAAACAUAUUUUUCUUUCUAGUCUGUGCCUAGUACUUCACCUAUUACUGUCUGUUAAUGGGUAUGGAGCUUCCUCCAACCUUCCUCACUCCUCAGAGUUUCCUACUCUCCCCUCCCAAGUUUCUUCCCAAUUUACCUCUAACUUCUCAUCCUUCCCCCUCCCCUAUCCUUCUUGGGUAACUUUCAUCAUCUCUGUCUUGACUCGCCCUCCCCUUUUAUCUCUGAUGUUGUACUGCCUGCAACUUCCUUGUCUGAAACACUUGAAGCUAUCUCUGAAUACAUUGAGGAAAUAAAACCAGUGAUGGACUCUAGUCCACUUCCCAUCACUCCUCCCUUUUCUAAACCAUCUAUACAGCUCCUGAUUUUGCAGUGUUCAAAUCCUUUGCUGCUUAUUAUUUUUCUGCUAUUUCCACAUACUUUACUAACCCACAUAGUCCUUAGACAUUGCUUCAUGUUACCAGUAUACUUCUCUUUACAAAUUGACUAUAGUGGAAUAUUUGAGGCCUUUGGGGUAAUUUGGGGUGAGCUUCGUGUGUUGCUCUCCCAGUUUUUACCUAAUUUGUCUGUUUACAAGAACCUAAACUAUGCUCUGCUGUUAUCCAUCCUGUCUUGGGCUAUAUUUUAUUGCAUUCAUCAGACAGUGAUCCUUUUCUUGAUGCAACUUUUAAUGACUGUGCACUUUUAUGCAUGGUGAACCACAAUCAGAUCUUCGUUUGUACUUUGCUUCAUUACUCUGCAGCCUGCAUCUACUUGAACAAGUGGUAUACAGUCUGCUCUUUAUCUUUUUCCUCGAGCAUAAUCCAUUUAGAUGUUGCACUUCUGGUUUCUUCCUUACUGUCACCUCUUGUUAACAGGUGAUUUAAAUACUCAUCAUUUCCUCUGGGGGAGGGGGGUCUCACUAACUCGCGAUCAGUUCGUCUUUUUUUCGCGUCUUCCCCUCGUUUAAAUACUGGUGCUUCCACCCAUUUUGACCCUUGCAUUCAGUAUCUCUCACACUUAUCUGUUUGCUCCUCAGCUGUGCUUAACUUUACCUGGUCUGUGCUCCCAGGUUUACACGAUUGCUAUAUUUAACUAUCCUUGCUUCCCUUUCGUAUUCUCGCUCUCCUCAAAGCCCAUGUUGGCAAUUUGAACAGGUGAAUUGGGACCUGUACUUGUCAAGCUGUGUUUAGUAAGAAACCUUUGUCUUCUGCUGAUGAACUGUUACAACCAUUUUUGACCGCUGAUUUUAACUACAGCGUCUCAUCUUAUCACUCGAACUUCGAGUAGGCACUCUCGGAAAUGGAUGCUUUGGUGGUCUCCCUGCUUGUGCUGGGAGAGCGGUUAAUAAAUUUAUUUUUUAUAUGUACAAGGUAUACAGGCCUAGCUGACACAUACUACUGUAUAGAAAGCUGCUUGUUAUGCAGAGCAUUUCAGGCAAAUUAGGUCUUUGUCCCAGAAUGCGACCUACACCAGUCGACUAACUCCCAGGUACCCAUUUUACUGAUGGGAACAUAGAAAACUGGUGGAAAGAAACAUACCCAAUGUUUCUACCCUCACUGGUAAUAGAACCCAGACCCUCAGUGUGAAGCGAGAGCUUUAGUCACUGGGCCAUGGGGCACUGACAACUUCAUCCAUGAAGUUAAAUGUGCUUGUUGGCAGGAUUUUUCUGUUACUUAGGCUUCCUGAGUGCAGCUUGGAAAUGGUACAAAAAUUGAGUGGCAAGUACAGUGGACCCCCGGUUUACGAUAUUAUUUCAUUCCAGAAGUAUGUUCAGGUGCCAGUACUGAACGAAUUUGUUCCCAUAAGGAAUAUUGUGAAUUAGAUUAGUCCAUUUCAGACCCCCAAACAUACACGUACAAACGCACUUACAUAAAUACACUUACAUAAUUGGUCGCAUUGGGAGCUGAUCGUAAAGCGGGAGUCCACUGUAUUCUCCAAACCCAGCUCCCAUUCUUUGGGUUGCUGGUGUUGGCAUUGCAAGCUGUCUUGAAGUUGCCACAGACUGAAAAUCUUGUCUAUAUCUCUCAGGGGCUCCAUCAAUGCCCCUCAAUUUUUUUUUUUUUUCUCUCUCCUUCUUUGCACGAGAAGAGUUACUGCCUUUACACUUCUAGCAGAGAUGAGUUUUGUGUGCAUUUUAUGCUUCUAGAACUGAAGUAAACACUUCACUUGCCAAUCGCCAGCAGCUGGAACUACUGGCAUUCAUGUUCACAUUCUUCAACAUUUACAUCAGUUGGCCCUUAGAGUCCUCUUACGUCAUUUUAAUCUUGUUUGGUCGCAAGGGGGUUCUUCCCCAACUGGAAAAUUGCCAUUGUUCUGCCUUUUCAUAAACCAGGUACUUUGGGCCAUGAUGCCUCACACUAUCUUCCCAUUGCUCUUACCAGUUCAGUUUAAUGGAAUGUCUAGUAAAUAGUCAUUUGGUAUGGUAUUAAGUCACUCUCCACUAGUCAGUUUGGCUUUAAUAAGGGCAGCUCAACUAUUGAUGCCUUACUCCACUUAAUUCCUGUGUUUGUAAUGCCUUUGCUAGUAACCACUCGGUUAUUUUAGUCUUUUUUGUUUUUUUAAGGCAUAUGACACUGGAGGUAUGACAUCUUGGCCCAAGCUCAUUUCUUAGGUCUCCGAGGCAAUCUGCCACUUUUCCUUAAAAACUUGAAAGUUCAGUGUUAAGGUUAAUAAUUUGCUUUCCUGGAUGUGUACUUUGCGCCAUUUUUUCUACUAGCUAUAAAUGAUCUGGCCUCUGUUCUCCCAUCUAAUAUUUGGUCAUCACUUUGUUGAUGACUGCUAUAGCUUGUGUCAGUGCUGGCUGCUGCCGCCUAAUAGCAGCCUCACUGGAAGAAUAUCAACCAUGUAUCCCAUUGGGCUACUGCUCAUGGGUUUAAAUUUUUUGGUGCUAAAACUUGCCAAACUACUUUUGCCAGACAUUUUAUUGUCUUGAUAUUCCAUUGUACUUGUAUGGCUCCUAUAUCCCUGACGGGCGAGAAAUUUGACCAAUGGUCAGAUUUCUCGGCCAUCUGUUUGAGCACUGGCUGUCCUGGAAACCUCUUAUUACUUCCCUGAAAGCAACUUGCCAUAGCUGGCUGAACCUCUUUAAAACUCUUGCUCAUCUUUCAUGGGGCAGAUUGUUGAGCUCUCCUUUGACUGCAUUUAGCCAUAAUUUUAUCAAAACUAGAUUAUGGUGACCAGAUCUAUUGUGCGACCUGCAACUCUUUCUAAACUUGAUCCCGUUCAUCAUCAGGCACUACGUCUGUCUAGGUGCUUUUUGCUCCUCACAUGUCGUGAGGCUAUAUGCAGAGGUGAAUGUUCCAUCCUUGAUGAUUGCCGUGAUGCUCACUGACUCCAUUAUUUUGUCCCCUCUCAUGACCUUCAUGAUCCUUCUACAUGCAGGACAGUAAUGGAUGUUAGUACAAGUUUAUUAUUUGUUUGCCACCCCCCUGUUUACUCCUUCCCUUUUCUCUUCAUCUUCACUUGCUCUUGACUUCUCUUUAGUUUCUCCCUUUGUUUAUAACUUUUCUCUUCCCCCAACAAUUCAUGUCUGUUCUUCCUCAUUGCCAUGCAUGAAAGCUCCAAUACCUACAGUUGCUUCUCGCUCCCUUUUUCUCAACCACUUCCGGUCUCAUUCUUAUGGUUCUAAAUCCUCUGAUGGCGUCGGGUUUGCAACAGUGAUCCCAGACAGCGUUGUGUGAAGUCGUUUAUUAGACUAGACUGCUAGCAUUUUUACAGCUGAACUGUACGUAAUUUUCAUUGCGAUUAUCCAUAUUGCAUCUAUGCCUACCUCAACGUUUGUAGUAAUCUCAGUCUCCUUUAGUGCUUUGAAAGCUAUUAAAACAUUUGAUUCUCCUCAUCCCCUAGUUCUUCAUAUAAAACUUUGGUUGUGCAGCAUUUCUAGCAAAAACAAAGAAAUCGUUUUCUUCUGGGUCCAUGGUCAUGUUGUUCAAGGCAAUGAGCAGGUGGACUUCUGCACGGUCAGCAGUAUAUGACCUUUCAGUCUCAGAGGUAUUCCAUUCUCAGAUUAUUUAGCUGUAAUCUCUGCCUUUGCAACUGUUGGCAACACCGUUGGUCUGAUAUGACUCGAAAGAAAUUAUAUUCCAUCAAGCCAAGUUUGUUUCUGACCUUAUCAAUGCUGAGAAUGGGAGACUGCGCUCUGUCUUAGCAUCGGGCACACCAGUCUUACUCAUGGGUAAUUUGUGGAGAGGCAGAGUCCCACUCUGAGAACUGUCAGGUUCCAAUUUCAGUUUCCCCUAUUCUGUUUGAUUGUCCUGUCUUUCAACGAGCACACAGAAUUUACCUCAUGUCAUCACCCCUCUAGCACCCUUACUUUAUCUUCCCUAAAUAACAAAAAGGCACAAUACCGUGACUGGAACAAUACACAAAUAACCCGCACAUAGAAGAGAGGAGCUUAUUUAUUUGUUUCCCCCCCCCCUCGGUGUUCUUGCUCAUACCCUCUGUGGGCACCUAGCUCCCUUGCAGUGCUUCUCCUUCUUAGUAUUUGACUGGCCCCUCCUUCUCUUACCAUCUCCCCACUACUACCUUCCACCUCUACUACUACUUCCUUCCAUCUCCACUAUUACUACCACCUCCUGCCUAUAUAUACCCAUCCUGCUCGCCUUUUCGUUAGUGUGACUUUGUAAAUGGUCCAAGUCGGACUGAAACGUCGUCGUAAGCCCCUCUCUUCUAUGUGCGGGUUAUUUGUGUAUUUAUCUUCCCCCCUUCCUGAUGGCCCCACCUUUGACACAGACUCCCUCUUUGACUUUUUGACAGCAACAGAUUUAUUACACAAACUUUGAUCAUAAUUUAGCUCUCCUCACAGUCCUUUCUAACUCUACCCUGUUAUCCUCUUCACCCCCGGCUACUCUGUUCAGCAACACCCCUUCUCCCCUGCCCUGCAGCACUGUAUGACCCUAGUGGUUUUGAUUAUAAUUUGCAUUUUUGCAAGAGGCUGCCAGGGUAUUUUUUCAAAAUGGUUGAUAUACCAAUGUGGAUAAAAUACUUUGACAUUUCUUCAACAUUCGUGAGCAGGUUCUAUGUAGUCGACAAUUUUAUCACACUAAUGCACAUAAUGAUACAAUGUGAAAAUAGUCCCUCUGGCAAAAUUUAAAUUUGGUUUUCAUGCUGGUGAUGUGACGCAACUUCCCAUAUAUUAUAUUUGUAACCCAGCCAAGCCGAGCGGUAGUGAUAUCAGGGUCGGCUUAUUUUGUUGGAUGCACCAUAGACAUGGUAAGUGGAUUGACUGGGUGUUAAUCUCCCUCAGUCUCCAGUCUAAGUUCAGUCAGCAUCACAAACUUACCCUCAAAUUUGUGUAAUAUCAUUGGCCAGAAAAUGAAUGUUGACCAGUGAGCUAAAUCUGUGAUGUGACGUAAAUCCGGUGACUUGCAUUUUAACAACAGCUAUUGUACACCUGUUCUUCUAUAGGGGGCCUUGAUCAGUGGUAUGUUGAAAUGAGCGCUCUAUGACCCUUGUGAAUUUAGCGCUUGGUUAUGAUUAUAAUAUAAUAAUGGAAUAUGAAGUAUAAUUACCUUUUCUGUUUUCAUAAUUCAAUUUUGAAGUGUGUGAACAUACUGGAGUACUCAUUUGUUCUAAUUUUUCAUAUUAAUAGCGUCCCUUUAAAGGGGAGGGGGAUCCUUGAUGGCAGUGAAGGGCUCUUGAUCCAAGGGAAACGUGGCUAUCCUCUCCUUAUAUCGAGCCUCCCUUAUUUAUUUGCCAUUUUCAAGGCACUACGUUCCCUAUAAGUUUAGCAGUCUCAUGAAUAUAACAGGAAUGUCUGCCUGUUUUUAAUGUCACGGGUAAAGCCACAAAAAAAAAAGAAAAAAUCCCACGCCUCAGAGGCCCCCUCAGUACAAUAAAGAUAAAUGGAGUAUAGGAUAUACUUUAUCAGCGAAUGUAGAAAUCACAGAUGGUAAAAAAUACACUUAAGUUAUAAUUAUCGUACCUUAAUAAGCCAUCUUGUGUUGAGCGCGUGAUGUGAUGUAGUGUGAGAGGUGACAUCAUACGAGUAGGUAGCAGACUGCGUACCCCUUAAGAGUCAGUCAGGAUGAGUGACUCACCCCCACGUGAAGCUUACUGCUGGGACGCUCUCAUCAGGCAGGUACUGGUAGCAGUGGUGGUAUCAGCAACAAUGCUACAAGUGGGGCUGGUGCUGGGCUGGCCAGCAGUUCUUCCUGACCUGCAAGCAGACAACUCUACCUCUUUCAAUCUCACCGACAACGACAUCAAGUGGCUGGUAUCUAGCAUCGGCCUGGCGGGGAUGCUUGGAAACCUAUCUGCUGGAUCGCUGAUGGAGGUUGUGGGUCCCAGACGACUGUUGACACUACUGCUGGUACCUGCUUCACUGUUCUGGUUGGUGCAGGCCUUCACACCCCUCCUUCCCGUGGUAUACAUGAGUCGCCUAGGCGGGGCACUACUCGCUAACGUCAUCACAACUAUCACCUGUCCCCUUCUAGCAGAGUUACUCGAGCCGGACUAUCGCGGCCUGUUCUGCUGCCUGCCGGAACUGAUGGUGUCCAUAGGCCUGCUUGUGGCCUACGUACAGGCUCAUCGCCUCUCCUGGCAACUAGCGACUGCUGUCUGUGCUGUACCUAUUUUGCCUCUCUGCUUAUUUACGCUGGCAGUUCCAGAGUCUCCGUUCUGGCUGGUGCGCCGAGGCCGUCUUCAGGAGGCUGACAUGUCCCUGCUAAUGCUUAGAGGACCCGAGAGACACAGCCAGAAAGAUGAGCUCCCGCACAUUCGCAGAAGCAUCGAGGAGCAUCCCCAGUCCACAGUCAAAGAUCAGAUGAAACAGCUUCGUAUGGUGCAGUACCUGCAGCCAGUAGCAGUACUAGUGGCUGUGUUCGUGCUGCGGGAGCUGGGAGGACAGUACGCCGUCUUCUCCUACACGGUUUACCUCUUCCACCACGCCGGACUCUACCUUAAUGCCUUUACCUGCACCAUCCUUGUGGGAGUCGCUCGUCUCAUUGCUACGUUCGUGUCUUCUGUACUGUUAGAUAGAAUCGGGCGACGACCGCUGCUCAUAAGUACCUCCAUCGUGAGCGCUGUCGCAGUGGCUUUCGGUGGUUUCUUUCUCCUGGUAGAUAUCCCAGGCUCUUCUUGGGUGCCGCUAGCUGCUGUUCUGGUGUUUGUUCUUGCUUACGGACUGGGUGUGGGUCCCAUACCGUGGGUCCUACUGGGAGAAUUUCUUCCUACGCCAGUUAGGUCCAUUGGAGCUUCUAUCACCACUUCCUUCUUUGCCUUAACUUUAUUUGUAGUUGGCUUCGUCUUCCCAGAGCUGAUGAGGGUGAUUGGCACAGGAGGAAGCCUCCUAAUUUUCGCCUUCUUCAACGUGGUCCUGGCGGCAGUGGUAUGGGCAUUCCUGCCAGAGACGGGGGGUCGAACCCUGCACCAGCUGCAAGAGGUGUUUACCACUAGGCCAGUUGCUCGCCCUCUGCUUGAUGUGGCUGCCAACACAGACUCGCAGGAAGAUUCACUUGACCAAUCUUCUCCUUGCAGCCCGUCUGCAUAAUACAGCGUUUUUUCUAACGUGUUUACGUAUCUCUGGUCACCUGAAGAUCCCCUUCUCUUCUAACUCUAGGUAAAACAGUUAAAUAUACCUAUACAAAUUCUUAGGUAAACUAUGGGAUAUUUUUCGUAAAUUUUAGCUGUCAUGUAGUAAAUGUGAUGCUAAAUAUUGGGUAUAAAAAUCUGCACACCAAUAAUUUAACUAUUUUAUCUGAGAUAGAAGGAAAAUGAGACGAAUUUUAGGUGUAAUCCUUCGUCUAUUUGUGAACGAUCUAUGUAGUGGGACUUUCCUGUAAAGUAACUCGUCCUUAUAAAGUUGGUUAAAUUUUGUUAGUAUUCUUCGUUGGUGGUGAAGAGUUUAUAUGCAGCCUUAACCCUCAAAUAUUUUAUAGGCUUUAAACCCUAUUAACCUAGUGAACCAAGAGCCUGUGUUAAGGCACCUCCUUAGAGAAAGUUUAUUGUUGUAAACACCAAAUCAGGUAACCAUUUGUAUUUUAGGAGAAAAUCUAGCUGGGGUAAACCAGCCGAUGCUUCACCAUUUAUUGGGUCAUCGUUUGACAUGCUCAUUGGAGAAGCCAAAUAUAGAUACUCAAAAAUCCAGGAAAAAAGGAAUUAAUGUAUAACUGUUAUGGAUUCCAACUCAUUAGAUUGCUCCUUCACGAUAAAGUUGAUAAGUUAAACCAAAAAGAGUACCCUGAAGACAAAUGUAGAAUAUAACUUUGGUGUCUGUCUAGCAUUAGGAAUAAUAUUAACAGGCAAGUAAAUAAUGAAACAAUUUUAUAAGAAUGUAGUUAGAAGCCUGAGCAGAUCUAUCGUCCACUAUGGUAACAUGAACGUAGAUCAGUAUGUUUAUGGAGCAACUUGCAAUGUGAAGAGAUUGAUGCUAGUCUUGGCUUAAGGUUCUGGCAGUUUGGCAGACGUAUGUAACGUAUGCGGCCAGCCUUUUGGUCACUACCUUUAACUCUAUUUGCUUUAUUAAUCACUUAUUAAGGAAUAUAGUAUAAUCUGUGAUAUGUCAAGAUAUUGUUGAAAAUAAGAUACCAGAUAUAUUAUGCAAAUUUCCCAAAUUUGCUUGCAACAAAUAAGUCAACACUAGAUAUAAAUCCAGAUGUGCUCCUGUUAACCCUCAUGGGACCUAGUUCCUAGGCCUUUUGUGUAUCCAUAUGCUCUUGUGCUACCGUCCACAGGAUUGAUAUGGAGUGCACAGUAAACUAGCCACUUCGGUGGUAAAAACAAAAUAAAAUCUAACAACCCCUUCCCCCACCCUCCUGGUCAGAAGACACUUGUGAAAUAGUACAAGUAUCUGCUGACGGGCGUCUUUUUUUCAGACUAUGAACCUUUCGAUGGUGAAGCACUCGCUGGCUGCUGGCUACCCUAGCUAGGCUUCCGCAACACCCGACCCCCCCCCCCCCUCCCCAUUUUAAACAAGAAGGAUCGCCCAAGAUGGUGUUGACGGCAGUAAAUUUCUCAAGGGAAAGUGCCUUGACACCGAUAAAAGGCUCAUGCUCCACCAAGUUAAUAGGGUUUAAAGUCUAUCGACUACCUGAGGGUCAUAUAAUCUGUUCACCACAGGUCAAGAAUACUUUACUCCCUAAAAUAGGGAUUAAGCCUGAAAUGAUUUCAGUGGCAUAGGGCUAUAUAGAACGAGAGGUGAUUGUCUGUGUAUCUAUCCUUGUGCCACUAAAGUUAGGUUAGGUUUAUCAGAAAACAGAACAAGUGUUUCCUGACGCGGGUCUUAGUCAUAUAUGAUAACCCGCAGCUGGAGCUUUUGGUCAUUUGACAGAGAGCUUCAGCUGGCUUAUCGGCCCACCCUUUCACAAAUUAUAGUUAUAAUUAUAACUAUUUAUUACUAAAGUUACCUUUUAAGUCAGUUAUUCCC